AGUGCAUAAUGACAGUCUCACUUACUUCCAUGGUUUAUAUUUUUAUCCAUGUAGGUUCGAUUAAGAUUUGCUUUCGUUGACGUUGAUACCUUUGACGUUUAACUCAACUUGGGUGACCUUGAAGGAGACGGGAAGGGUUUGCAUUUGACUCCACCCACAUUGAGCCCUGCCCCGAUGUUUGAUUCCGACCACAUUGAGCCCGGCCCCGAACUGCACGCUGCAGUCAGGGGCUUCUCAUAGGUCCUGAUACAGGCUGCUCUCGUUGCUAUCUCUGUCACACUGGCUGCUGCAAGGUGGUCUACUGUUGCUGCCAAGCUGCCAGAAUGGUCCGUGUCAACAGAAAUAUAACAUAAAGAAUAGACACGAGCAAUCAUGGAAAAUAAACGUUUGGUUGGAGUUUAAACAACAGACUCGACCAGGUCGAAGUUUUAGUUUCGACUGCAGGCCCACAAAUACUAGGCCUAUGGUGUGUCUGAGCUGACUGGCCUAUAUUCUAAUAGUUUAAAAUCAACUAUUUGACCAGAUACCAGGAUGGCAACAACAACUGCCUGAGUUACACCAGGAACGCACAAUCCCUCCAGCAGUGCUCAGACUGUCCGCAAUAGGCUGAGAGAGGCUGGACUUAGGGCUUGUAGGCCUGUUGUAAGGCAGGUCCUCACCAGACAUCACUGGCAACAACGUCGCCUAUGGACACAAACCCACCGUCGCUGGACAGUACUUAAUGCAGCUGGUGGCCAUUUUUUCCCAUUGACUGAAAUAUUGUAUAUGGUUGUACAGUAUAUGUCAUUUCUGAUUGCUAAGAGUAAUAUUGUUUCUUUUUGUAAUUAAAAAGUGUUAUUUUUAAAAUAAAUUGUAUUGAGUUAACUUUUAUGUUCUGUUAUAUUUCCAAAUGUCCAAAUUAGUCACUGUUUCUCCAUCUGAAUUGCUUGCUGUUUGGGGUUUUAGGCUGUUUCUGUAUAGCACUUGUUUACAUCGGCUGAUGUAAAAAGGGCGUUAUAAAUCAAUAUGAUUGAUUGAUUAAUGUGCGACUCAAAACAUACUGGGAUUUAGUAAUAAGAUGUAUGAUUAUGGAAUACAAUUUCUGAAAAAUGGUUUGCCUAUGUGCCUAUGCCACAACUUCGGAAUGUAGGAUCAAAUUUCUCUCACUAGAGGGCAGACAUUAUGGAAAAUAAAACUUUACUGGGCGUUUACUCGUCUCAUUUUAUGUGCAACGUUCAAAUACAAAACGUAGGCUGUUUAUUAAAUAGGCUGUAGGAUAUCUUUGCAGCAACUCUGUGGAAAUGGAAGUUGUUGCUGAAACUGGGGUUAUUGCUGACUCACCCGCCAAUUCACAACCUGCCGGCGACGUGAAUGAAGAGAGAGGUUCCCUCUUCGAUGUUACAUUUCUGGACCACGACUUUCCAGGUGCUGAGACUGAGACUCCGACCCGCAAGACCUACCAGGAGUUCCAGCCCAAAGCACUGGGGGUCUCUCAGAUCACUUUGGGUGUGUUUGUGCUCAACUCAGUUUAUGUCAGUGUAGCCAACCGAUUGGAUCAGAGAAAUGAAGAAGUAACCAGGGCGAUAGGCUCCCUGUCUGCGAUAGUGGCGGGAAGUGUGGCCAUAGCAGCACAGAGUCUUCAUGUUCCCACACUGAAGGCAUGUCUGGGGACACAGCUGGCUACCUGCCUUAUGGCCAUGUUCAACGUGGUCGUCGUAGGAGGAAAGCUGUCUGACACCCACUUAGUGCCAGACUGCUGGCUUUUCACUGAUUACAACAACACACAUCAUCACAUCACCUGCGACAAGCUGAUGAAUUCAGUGUAUCCAUUCUAUGUCGAGUGGUUCCUCGUGCACGCAACUCUCCUCGGCAUUUCUGUCACCCUGACUAUCUACAGCUGCAAGCUGCUCCGCUUCUGCUCCCCUGCAGCACCCAGCAUGCCUGUGGUCACUGCAUAUACUAGCCCUGCUCAGUGACAAGAGAUGAAGUACAUAGAAAGGAACCUAAAGCCAUCAUGAAGAGACACUGAUGGGUCUAUCUAGCCAUGCACUUUUUUCAAAUCUAUUUGUCACUAUUUUUUCUGUCUUGCACAAACACUUGAUGUUUAUAUGUUAUAUGGUUGCCUUUUUUAUGAUAAAGUUUGGUUAUUUUGUUGUCUUCUGAUGAUAGAGUAUGUCUGUUUAGAUCUGUAUGGUCUCAGGUGCUAUUUUAGUGAUGGGUUUAAGGAGUGAAACUUUGUGGGUACAUCAUAUUGAAAUAAACACUUCCUCAGGGUCA